CCCUCCUUCUGUUUUGUAGCAGAAGCCACACCCCAUGUUCCAGAGCAAAACUGUCAUUUUGGAAAGUUCUUCUAAUUCCUCUGACGGGAAACUCUCAAUUGUCAUAACAAGACCUGUCUUUUAAAGAUGACAUCACCAGACUUCAAACCUUCAUUGGAGCAGCCCCCAGGUUACAAUACAAUUGCUCCAUACGCCCCACCAGACCAGUAUCCCCCAGUUGCCCAACACUUGGCUACAACAGGUGCAAGUCCUGGAUCUGAACUCCUCGCCCAGAUAAACCAGUUGUCCAUACGGGAGAAAUUUAAAGUGUCGCAGGGCUGGGGACGUUCCUUCGACGUGCUGAAUUCAGACGGACAGCGGAUCUUCCAGGCAGAGCAGAGCGCUCAUUUUUGUGGUCCGGUCUUGGAUGUGAAUAUCCGAGACAACAGCGGGAACGAGGUGAUGGAAUUCAUCGACACCUGCAAGUGUUCCUGCUCUAGGGAGAUGGAAGUCUACUGGCCCCGGGGAUUCCCUGUAGGUUACGUCACGUUGCACUGGAACCAGAUGGUCACCCACAUGUCCAUAAUGAACUCUGCCAAACAGACCGUCCUGCUCAUCAUUGGACCAAGUUUCCGCAGUGGCAUCUUCGGGAAUUCAUGCUUUGAGGUAAAGUCCACAGAUGAGCAGCACGUGGUGGGAGUUAUCCGACACGAGAACGAGAGCUUUAGUGUCUCUUUCCCGUUGGACCUUGAGGUGGCCAUCAAGGCAGUGUUACUUGGAGCCUCUUUCUAUCUGGACGCAAUUAUUUACCAACAGAGGCGCCGUGUGCAGCAGCAGCAGCAAAGAAGAAGAAGAACCUAAAGAUCCAGAAACAAUAAGAUCCUGUAUUAAACGUUAAUACUAUUGUGCCUACAGUGCAUAUGUAUAAUAUAUUCUCUACAUAACCCUGUGCCUGUAGCCCCAAUACACUAUAUGCCAAUGGUCUUAUGAAAUAUAUACACAGUAAUACAAGUAAUAUUCUACAUAUACUUCAAUGAAUGAAGUUCAAAAAAGUAAAGCACUCAAAAUAAAAUAAAUCUCAAUAUUUUAUUAAG